UAUUACCAGAUCCCGCCUCGCUCCAAUUCGGCCAUUCCCUGCUUUCUCUAAAAGUUUUUCUGAGACAGCAACUUUACCCCCUCGGGCAUGGCGGCUGUCUUAUGUGUGAGUUCCGGCCAGCCGUCUAGCCAACUUCUACUCUUCUAGCGGCACUUUCGUCCAAUGUAGUCUCACAUGGUCUCACCUAGUCUCACAGAGUAGGCGUCAUUUAUGACUUCCGAACCACGCCAUUAUCUCAUAGCUCGAUGCUAUAGUUUGGGCAGUGAUGCAAGAUUUCUCGCUGGGUUUUGACACAAACGGGCUUCGUUGUGCAGCGAAUUGGGGGUGAGUUGGGUGGGAGAAGUGGUUGUCGUCAUUCGAUGAUAUCAGGGUCCGCACUUACGUUGUUCGUACGUUUGUUACGAGAACUUGGAUGUUGGGAAUAAUUUAAGGCUUAAGUAUCAGCACACCCUCGUUUACCUUCCUUUGACCUUGUUACUUCCUCUUGAUUGAUUCUAAAAUUUUGCUGCGGAAUCUUAAUAUUUGUCACCUUACGAUCACGGUCCAGUAACCACAUCCCGGGCUCUUCAACAAAUAAAAUUGGAAGCCCAGCGUAACCCGUAACGCUCGAUUACAGACCCCUCUUAAUUCUCAAAAAUGGCAGGCGCGGGAAAGCGUGGCCUCCUCGGGGCCGUAUCAUGGAUCCUCCUCGCCGGUGCCCUGGUGAUGCUGUGGCUGGUGGUCCUAUCGGGCGUCACGAACCACACCCCACUGAACAAGAUCUGGUUCCUCCGCGCCGACACAUCGGGCAUUGGGGACGCGCGACCCAAUUCCCAGUGGACGUUCUGGUACGUCUGCGGCGACAAUAAUAAUAACUGCGGGAGCCCGGUUCCGGCUUUGCCGCUGGGUUAUGCGUGGAGAGGAAACUCAACGGGUGCGCCUUCGGCGCUGGUCGGAUCCCACGGCCAUAAUACUACGUCCAAGUACUACUACUACAUGUGGCGCUUCGGAUGGGUGUUUUUCUUCAUCGCUUUCAUCUUUGCCAAUUUUGCCGCCCUGAGCGGUGUCCUGUCAUGCAUCCGCGUGGUCGCAGGCGCAACCGGUCUGCUCACCCUCGCUGCGACCUUCUGGCUAUGCUUGGCCGCCUGCUUGAUGAGCGCCGUAUUCGUGAAAGCCCGCGACCGGUUCCAGAGCGACGGCCGCAGCGCCAGCGUCGGCCGCUACGCAUUCGCCUUCACCUGGACCUCCCUCGUGCUGCUCUUCCUCUCCGCCUGCCUGUUCCUCGGCGGGGUCCUGAUCGGUCGCAAGAAGCGCGACUCGGGCAGCUACGCCAAGGAGACGGCGUACAAUGGCAACGUCGGAUAUCCACCGGGAAACCAGGGGUUCGCGACUGAUAACGUCCAGUCGGGGUAUACGACCAAUGCGCCGCAGCGGUCGAACAUUAUUCGUGAGGAGGUGCCGGAGCCGACGGCGACGACGACGACGACGAAGGGUGGGCAGGGGAUGAGGGGCUUGUUCCCGAGGCAUAGGGAGGCGUCGGUGGUAUAGGGCAUUGGGUCGACGACUCGACGACUCGACGGGGCGACUCGGCCGGGGACAAGAAACAAUACGGGGAAGAAGAGGGCGACGACAAGAUGUAAUAUUAACUGGAGCCCGGGGGGAGGGUUAACAGAAGACGCGAGAGAGAAAAAGCAUGCUGUUGAUAGAACAGCGAUUUAAUAGGUUCGCCCAGGGCGUGUUGUGUGUUGGCGUUGGAAUAUGCCCAGUUUUUUAACGUGUAUACAUUGCCCGAUAACAAUAAAUGUAGGCAUAAUUAAAACUAAAAUUCCAAG